GGUUCGACCUGCGUUUGAGGCGUGGGGGGAGUCAGAGUGGCGAGUAAUGGAGGACUCUCGGCACAUGGUGGAAGAGGUGUUGACUCUUUGUCUCCAGAGGAUCACCAUGGAGGAAACCAGCAUGAGCACUGAGCGCGAGUUACUGCAAGUGGUGAAAAACCUGGAGAAGGUGAGGAAGCAAUGGCUGCACGCCGAGCUGGAGCAGAAGAAAUACAAAGAGCUGCUGGUGAAGUCAGACGUGUCCAAAGCUGCUCUGGAGGUCAAACUGAAACACGCUCGAAACCAGCUGGACGUGGAGAUGAGGAAACGCUACAAGAUGGAAGCAGACUAUCAUUACCUGCAAAGGCAGAUGCAGCUCAUGUGUGACAUCCUGCUCCACGACAGUAAAUCCAGCGCCUGUUUGAACUCCGAGCAGAAAUCUCUUCUGGCCACAUUUGAACAUAAAGGAGGAAACGUGACUCUGCACCGACGCAGCAAACGGUUGUGUGUGAUAGACGAGUCUUCGUUCCUGUCCCACUCUGACAUCAGCUACGAUCGGACCGAUGAUGACGUGGAUCUGGACACGACUUCCAUUAAACCUUUGAAAUCUCGAGCCAGGGAGAGGAGGCGCUCCUCGAUGGGACUGCCUGUCGGCGCUCCAGUUGGGAAGCGAGGAAGAAGCGGGAAUCUUUCUGCAGAGCUGCUGGAGAUGAAACCUAUAGAGGGGGUCAACACGUUGGUGAAGGAGCUGCUGAGGACCCCUGAGACUGGAGGUCAGAUUGCCAUGGUGAUGGGAAUCACACAAGAACCCCCCAAAAACCAGGCCUGUACCCAGGAGUGUGACGGCUCAGUGGGAGGAGACCAAACCUCCGUGUGGCUUCCCUGUGAGGAGAUGGCUCUGGAGCCUGAAAUUCAAUCAAAGAUGGAGAAGAGUGCUGCCGUCAGAGUAUCAUCCACCUGCAGAGCUGAGAAAACCGAGACGCAUGUUUUCCUUACUAAAACUGUGAUCCGGCCAGAGGUGUGCUUACCGUGCGGGAAGAGGAUGCGCUUUGGGAAGAUGGCGGUGAAGUGCAGAAACUGCCGCGCAGUCGCUCAUCCAGAGUGCAAACUGAAACUGAGCACCAGCUGCUCGGCCACAACCACGACAGGAGGUUCAGCUCAACAGAAAUCGUUGGAGGAUUUUGCUCCAGUGAUCAGCCCCAGAGUGCCUCUUCUGGUCGUGGAGUGUGUGACUGAGAUAGAGAGGAGGGGCCUGGAGGAGAUAGGACUCUACCGAAUUCCUGGAGGGGAGCGUCUGGUGAAGGAGCUCAGGGAUCGAUUCCUCCAGGGGAGAACUCCGCUCAUGCUCAGUAAGGUUCAUGACGUCCACGUGCUGUGUGGUCUGCUAAAAGACUUUCUGAGGAAACUGGAGGAGCCUCUUAUCCCCUUCAGACUGCACAAGACCUUCAUGGAGGCUUCAGAGCUGACAGAUGAAGACAACUGCACUGCCAUCAUGUAUCAGGCCAUUGCAGAGCUGCCAAAGGUCAACAGAGACACUCUGGCAUUUCUCAUGCUUCACUUGCAGAAGGUGAUGAUGAGUCCUCCGUGUCAGAUGAACAAGAGUAAUUUGGCCCGGGUGUUUGGACCAACGAUAGUGGGGUAUGGGAUGUCUGAGCCGACUCCAGCCAAGAUCUUGAGAGACUUAAACACUCAGCCAAAGGUUAUUUGCCACCUGUUGUCUGUCCCUGAAGCCUACUGGAGACGUGUCCUCACCGUCCAGACAGAUGAGAUCUCGCCCUCCGCCACUAAAACCCAGAGCCUGGAUGAUGCGCAUGAUUUCGGUCGGUUGUUUGAGCCGUUGACUUCUCCAGAGUUAAACAGCUACUACAGAACUCCCAGCAGAGAAACUCUGGGAGUCUGGAUUAGGAACCUGGGCAACGCUCCCACCAGCACAGGUCGAGCAGAACCAGGGUGGAGGUUCUUUGCCUCACCCAACUGAUCCACGGACCUGAACCUCACAAGGGCAGACCAGUUUAAACAUUUUGACCAAUCACAGGACAGCUUCAUCCUGCUGCUGGCUGUUCUAACGAAUUGUGUGAGAAACAUGGUUUACGUUUUAAACUGGACUUGUGUUGAUUUUAUUAAAACACUAAACUAUGAAAAAUAAAAUAAAAGCACUUGCAUGUUGUGGAAGAAACUUGAAAUUUACAUAAUAAAAUUUAUUUACUAAUA